AAGACAAGCCAGAAGCCUUUGGUUACCUUCACUCUGCCUGAAGUUCUCACCAAGUCACUCUGAGAAUGGAGCGAUCCACCCGGGAGCUGUUUCUCAACUUCACCGUUGUCUUGAUUACGGUUCUCCUUAUGUGGCUUCUUGUGCGGUCCUAUCAGUACUGAGAGGCCAUGACAUGAUCCUGGGAUUGACUGAGACACCCCAGAGCUGCCUGCUCUAUGCCCUGAGAUCCCACUGCUGUCCUUGUCAUGGGAUGCCAUUCUUGGCACCCUAAGGCACCUCUGACCUUGUCUCACAAUGUCUGCUGUACCCUAGUGCUAGGAUGGAUGAUAUGUUCUGUAUAGAUGCUCCUCUCGAGGGCUGCCAAGCGUUUGCCAGGGAACGUGAGAUUUAUCCCCCAACUCUUACUGGAAAUGUGUUAGGCAAGCCACAAGGUUAAAAUUAAACCGGAUUCAUGAAGAUGUAA